AUGGAUGAGAGGACAAAACUCCUAUUGACAUUUACAACAUGUGGAAACUGCUCUACAGCUAAUCAGUUUAUUGCCAAGAGUAGUAAGUGUACAUUUGGUCAGGUGACCGUGGAGUACCUUGGGCAUAUUGUCUCGGGUAAGGGGGUGCAAAUGGAUCAAGACAAGAUCACAACUACUGUUAAUUGGUCACAGCCGCAGACAGUAAUGGCACUUCAUGGUUUCCUUGGGCUUAUGGGCUAUUAUCGACGUUUUGUGAGGAGGUAUGCUAUGAAUGCUUCUCCUUUAACUGAUCUUCUACAAAAGGAUGCUUUUGUGUGGACAGAGAAGGCUCAGUUAGCGUUUGCACAACUCAAGGAGGCAUUGACCACAGCUCCAAUUUUGGAACUGCCUAAUUUUUCUCUACCUUUCACGGUUGAAACUGAUGCAUCGGGGCAGGGAUUGGUGCGGUGUUAA